AUGCCACCCAAGCCGCCCCCACCCAAGCCCCGGGCUGGCCAACACCGCCGACCCAACUAUCGCGGGCGCAUCGAAGGCUUGGGCAGCCCGGCACCAAGUUCUCUUCGAGCAUCGACCCCUACACUUGUGCGAGCACCCACGCCAGUCAGCCAACCUCUUGCUCGCUCAAAGCCUCUGUGUCCGAAUCCCGACUGCCCCGACCGGACAAAGGUUGUGUACAGCGACCAAGGCCUCAUCUGCGAGAGUUGUGGAGCCCUAGUACAGGAAGAAUCCGGUCUUGUCAGCGAGCAGGGAUUCGGUGAAACUGAGUCUGGCCGUAUUACCGCCCUUGGUGUUCAGGUUGGUGAAAACCAGUCUCAUCAAAGGAACUACCAUGGUGGUGCUUUCGGGAGUGCUGGCCGUGAGGCGCCCCUCAAUCGCGAACGCUCAAAAGCUCAAGCUAGGAACAUCAUGUCUUCUUACAUCGCUCUCCUUGGUAUCAGACAUACCGAGGUCGAGACGGCCGAGAGACUCUUCGAGUUCGCAAAUACUCUUGGCUUUAUCCAGGGAAGAACCAUUGAGAGUGUAGCCGUCACCUGCCUCUACGCUGCUUGCCGACGCAAGACCGAGCAGGUCGAGGGCCAGCCCAGACCCAUGUACAGCCUCAUGCUGAUUGAUUUUGCCGAAAAAAUGAAUAUGGAUGUUUUUGCCUUGGGAAGGGUGUAUCAAGACCUCGUCAAGAAGCUCUACCUCCAACAAGGAAGAGGCUAUCGAAUGGAUGGCUCAGCAGAAUUCUGGGGCAUGGAUCCAGCCACGCUUGUGCCUAGGUUUGUCGACGAGCUGGAUUUUGACAAGCAUGAUCGAGACAAAAUCAAACGCGAUGCUAUUAACAUCGUCAAGCGGAUGAAGCGCGACUGGAUCGCCCAUGGCCGCAGACCCUCGGGCGUCUGUGGUGCAGCGGUCAUUCUGGCAGCUCGAAUGAACAAUUACCGCCGGACCACUCGCGAGGUCGUGCUGACUGCGAAAGUCACCGAGAUCACUAUCAACAAACGACUCGAGGAAUUCCAUGACACACAGGCGAGUAAACUCUCAGUCACGAAAUUCAGAAGUGACGGGAUUCCGGAGCCCUUCACACCACACCCACUUGAUGAGCAACAACCGCCUGUCUUGAAACAAGCACUAAACCCUAAGCCCAAAGGCAGGAAGAGGGGACGACCUCGAAAGAAUCCCCUUCCAGAGACCGCCGCAGAAAUCGAAGGGGAUGCCACAGGUCCCGGAACCCAGGCUGCUCAGGUUUCGGGUGAAGGACAACCACCGCCGGCAAAGCGAGUUCGCAUCGAUGCAGAAGGCUACAAGAUUCCAGAGAUCCCAGCUCGACUGCUUGCGAUUGACCCAGCUCUAACUCAGAGUGAGACGCCUGCUGAAUCACAACCUGAACAAACCGACGCAUUGCGAGAGGCAACACCGUCAUCAUCGCACAAUGGCGAAGGCCAGGACGUCCCAGAAUCCUCGCAGCCUCGACAGCGAAGACAUAAAUCUGCGCACUGGAAAGCACCACCUGCAUCAGCAGCGGAAAUCGCGAUUGAGAACGAAAUUGAACAGGGUAUCGCAGAAGCAUUACGGGACAACCCAGAACUCGAUCCAAACUACCGGACUCUACCUCCAGGUGAACAGCAGGUACAGGAGCAACUGCCCAGUGGUGGCGUAUCUUCUGAACCAGGAGAAGAACAAGGUCGACCACCAGCCACUAUAGAUCUCACGGUCGACCCAACUGAGACCGUUCCCCCACACCCAAAGGACAAGAGAGCGGGACCCCCGUGUAACACAAACAUUGGUAAUCUUGGCAUCGUUUCUCUUUCUCCAACUCUCGGAGCCUCAGAAUUCGACUCGGACGAAGAUGUCUCUACCUGUCUCUUGUCCGAGCAGGAGACCCGCAUCAAGGAAAGAGUGUGGGUGAGUAUGAAUGCCGAUUGGUUGCGACAGGAUCACGCCAAGCGGAUCAAGAAAGAAUUGAAGGAGGCGGACAUGAGGGCGAGAGGCUUGGACCCGGAGCAGGAGGAGAGGAGAAGGAAACUGGAGAGGUUGAGGAGAAAGGAUGGGACUAAGAGACCGGGUCGCCGGGGAGACGUGAGCUAUUUGAAGGAGCAGCGCGGCGGGAGAAAGAGAGGUAGAGGUGUGGAGGGCGAGGGUGAAGGCGGCGAGAGAGUAGACGGAGAGGGUGCAGAGGUAGAGAAUGAAGGAGACGAAGGAGAAGGCGGGGACGAACAGGACAACACCACGGUCGGCGGAAGAGAGAGAAGUGCCGCGAAAUCCAUGAGGCUGAUGCUCAUGAACCGUAGGACGUUUUCGCGGCGGAUUAACUAUGACGCCCUCGAAGCCAUCUACGGCAUGUCGUCAACCAGUGAGGACAGCGAGUCGCGUAGCGCCACAGGCGAAGCUCGAAGCCGCAGCCAGAGCGUCGCACAGAGCGAUACCACUGCGACCCCAGGACCUGAGGGUGGGCGCGAAAGAAGCAGGGAAGCCAGUGUUAUGAGCGCCGCCAGCACUGGACCGUUGGAACUCUUCCGCGGAAACAUGAGCAAAGAGCGGAAAAACGCUAUCCAAGCAGCAGAUAGAAGGGAGAAGAAAAGACGGGAGCAAAUGGAGGGGGAGAAGGACGACAAGUCCCCCACCAACGAUGCUGCUGGUGCCCGCGAGGGAAGUCAGGGAAGUGCUGGCGGAGCGAGCAGGUCGGUCUCACGGAGUCGUAGCGCGAGCACACCCGCCUCGGAGGGAGAAGGGGACGCAGAGGAAGACAGUCGUGGGAGAGAGCGUGAAGUCAGCGGGCCGAGUCCGGAACGUGAAUCUCGACGGCAGCAGAACCAGCAACAUCAACUUCCCUCUCCGCCCAGAACGCAGUCCCAGCAGAUUCCUGCCAUAAAGACGUCCUCUGCUCCGUCGUCCUCGAUUCCACAAAUCCAAGUCACAGGGGGAAGUACUGCGUCGAAAUCAACGGCGGGACAGCCCGCCGUGGCAGAAAAGGGGAAUAAUGCGCCUGAGGACGACGAUGAUGAUGGCGACGAAGAGGAGGAGGAAGAUGAUGACAAUGACGACAACGACUCGGACGAAGCAAGCUACGACUCGGACGAGAACGUGGAUGAGGAGGAGGCCGGUGGUGGUGAUGAUGAUGGAGAAGCCGAUGAAGAUGUCGACGCCGCGUUCGAGGGCCGCUAUGUUGGUCGUUAG